AUGCCCUCCCCACGCUCCGAGGCGUACCGCAACCAAGUCCAAACUCGCAUCAUCGACCUAGUCUCCGGCAACAGGCCGCGCGACCCGCAUCUAAGCACGGUGAGUACGCAGCGCCUGAUCAUCGAGGGUAUUGUGGAGGAGAUACGGAUUUAUCGGCUGGAUAAGGAAGAGAAGGCGAGGAGGGAGAAGGAGAGGAGAAAGAGGGAGAAGAGAAGGAUGGCUGGGAGGAGUAGGAGUGGGAGUAGGGAAAGAGGACAUCGGCGUCAUCACCGUGGUGGUUCAGGAGAGCGGCAUAGAGAUGGACGUCGACGCGAUCGCUCGGGACAACGCGAUCUAAGACGCGGAUCGCGAGAUAGAAGUCGUGAUGCCUCCAGUCACAAGGGUCGUCAUGGACGAAAUGAUCGCGGCAUCUCCGACCUCGUCACAGAAGGCCGUCCAGAUCCCAAUCCAGACCUCAUGAUGACAGGCGGCGCUGGACCUGCAGGCACUCUACCUCCUACACCGAAAUCUCCUUCUAGACCCCAUCACGCAAAGCCGGGAAGAGCUGGCGUAUCUCGAUCUCCUACUCGUCGCCACGGUCCAGAUGGCAAGACACCCUUUGGUCAAUUACCCAAGAAAGUUGCAGGUGUUGGAUUUGUGGCGCACGCUCUGAAUACCAUGAUACUGGGCAUCGAUCAAGAGGGAUGCUGGAGAGGACGGUUGGAUGGGUGGAGGGGGAAGAAGCCAGAUCCUACUGUUCGCGGUGGUUAUAGUAGUGAGAAACGGCGUGAGACUGAGAAGUUGACGAAGGAGGAUCGAAAGGGCGAGGUUCAUGGGCGGAGAGCUCAGGAGGAAGGUCGUAGAGAUGACCGUCGCGGGCGUGAUGAGGGUCGGACAGAUCGAGGGCGACGGAAGGACCGAGAUCACCCCAGGCGCAAAGACGACCAAAGAAGUCGUAGAGCGGACGUUGGAAGUGAGAAUGGGCGUCGCAAUGGCGAAAGAGAGUUUGACCGACCUGACCGUCGAAAUCCUCGCUAUGUGUACGAUUUUUCGAGGGCGCCGGAUGAAGACACUUCUCCACGGGGCUUUUCGCCACAUCGUACAGCGCUUGGUGAGGCCCAGUUGCCACAUAGUCCUCUUCCUGGGCGGCAUCCUCGUGUAGCGUACGAUGAUUUGUACUCAGAGCCAAGUCCUGCACCGCCAGUGCAUCUUCAGGCGGCUACACCUCUUGAUCGCACCAGUUUACAUUACCCUUCUCCUACUCGGGCGCCCCCUCAUACAUCCCACGAUGGUUUGCACGCAAAUCCAAGUCCUGCACCGUCAGUGCAUAUCCAGAAGGCUACACCUCCCUCAUUCCACCAUGACGGAGCCCCGGUUUGGGCCCCUACUCCAGAAAGUUUCAUGCCACGACCACACACUCCAGCAUCAUUGCGAAAAGACAGACCCGUAUCUCCUGCCCGUCCAGCCCCAAGUCUUCGGCAUGAAAGAUCCCCCUCUCGUGAACGCUUCGAGUCACGCCUAGCAGCAGAAAGGUCCAUCACCCUCUCACUUCCAUAUUCAUCUCCCUUACCAGAGCGCCGUAGGUCUCUAUCUCGCUCACCAUCGCCUCCCUACCCCGAAUCGCCUUCCGACCGGAGCAUCUCCCCCAUACAGAUGCCACCACCGCCUGGGGACUCUGCUAUACCGCCUCCACCACCACUUCCUCCCAUGCCCAAAGCCACGCCGAACCACGCUGCACUGUUUGAGCAGAUCCAAGGCAAUGCGCCAAAGCUGCGCAAAGUGCGCAGUCGCGAGAAGAGAGAUGCGAGCACGCCGGACUCGGCUGGGCAUGUGUAUGAAAAGACGGGGCAUAGUCAUGCUGUUGAGGAGAGGGAAAGGAGACAGACGUGGAGUAGUGAUGAUGGGUUUGGAGAUGGUGAGGAGGAGAGUCAGCGGAGGAGGGAGUUGAAGAAGAAUUUUGGGGAAUGA